UUGAUAAUCAGUUUUCCGCUUUUAUGACACACCAACGAUGCAAAUGAAAAGUAAAAUUGUAAAAUUUCAAAAAAAUCAAUUCAACGUAAUUUUAAUACACGAGUAAGUAUUUGAAAAUGUUGCCCAAAGUUGUGUUCAUUUUCGUAUUUGUUUCAUUGUUUGAUCAUUUUCUUGCAAUUUCUACUCCACCUUCGGCAUGUGAUGUGUUUUCGUCUAAGAGUAAGCUUGCACCUACACCUCACAACAGACGCUCCCCAAUCAAUGUGAUCACCAAAACAGCCACCAAAAUCCACGUGAAUUCGUCUCUAAUCAUAGAAAAUGGAAUAUUAACGCCACUAAAAGUUGUAAAUACAGGAUAUGCUCUCGAAGCUUACUCGUACGAUGUUGACCAUUCUACAAUACAAACACACGGAGGUGUACUAUGUGAUAAAACCUACAUAUUCUACAAAGUUGUUUUCUACACCAGUGACCAUCCAGAAAUUUCAAGUUACACACAAAUUGAUGGAAAAGGAUCACCACUGACUCUGGGCUUGAUUUACUUCAAUCAGGCUUAUGGAUCAUUUAACGAAUCUCUCAAUCAUUCUGAUGGUUUGGUUAUCCAAUAUUUUCAAAUUGGUUUCGCUCCCACGAGAAGUCCUCUAUUUUUCCCAUUCAAAUCGUUGUUUCCUUUGCUUCGGAAGCCUAAUUCACAUAUAACCUUACCAGCAAUCGUUGUUUAUGCAUCUUUCAAUAAGUUAUCCGUUUUGUACGGAUACUACGCUUAUUAUGGAUCGUACAUAGAUUUGUCGACUGGAAAACAAUACCCUUGUGCAAUUGCUAUAUUAGCUGAUAGAACUGUGUAUACCAUCAGCGAAUCUCAGUUUGAGGAAUCUUUCCUGAGUCUGAAGAAUGUGCAUGGAGGAACACUAGUCAGUAGACAACCUAUUCAGGAGACAGGAAAAAGAAAGAUUUAUAUAGCUGAUCAAAAGCUUUAUGGGAAAUUCCAUCUUUUCUAAUCAGGGCAGUGAAUGACAAUAUUAAAAAAUUCCACAUUUUUAAUGAUGUUAUCAGGUUACAUGGAGACAGUUUCUAAUGUUCCUGACAUGAAAAUUUUUCUUUUGUGUUUUUUUUUCUUUCCAUUUUACUUUUUAGAUAGACAUAGUCUUUACUCUUUAUUUAGAAAUGAACAAUAGGUAAAGUAACUUUCUUAGAAAUUCAACAGUCAUAAAAAUCAUUCCAGAACAAAAAUCAAAAAAAAAAAUUUUCAUUAAAAUUCUUCAAAAUUUAUGAAACAAUAUAGGCCUAAUACGAAUAAAAAUGUGAAUUUAAACAUUUUUUGAAUGAAUUUUAGAUGAUUUUGAUGGGAAUAAGGAAUUUUUUUCUACACUGAACUUUCUAAGACAUAAAAUUCUCUUGAGUAUAACUUUUCUCAACUUUGUAAAUAACAUUCCAGGAUGGAAAACAACAAUAAAUGUAGAGAAAAAAAUUUUUACGAAAUAUAAUUCAUAAAGAGGAAAACUUUCAACGAUUUUCAAGGGAAACAGAACCGCAGGAGUCAUGUCCAUAUUUUCCAUCAACACCUCCACCGUACAAAGCAUAUAGUCCCAUAAAUAUUAUAACUAAAAAUGUCAUCCCAGCCAACGUAUCAACUCCAGUCAAUUUAAGAGAUGGGGUACUUGGUCCGCUUUUUGUUAUAAAUACUGGAUAUGCGUUUGAAGCUUAUAGUACCCCUGCAGAUAUUCCAGCGGCGAUAAUUUACGGAGGAGUACUCUGUGGAAACGAGUACAAAUUUCAUAAACUACGAGCUUAUGUCUCUCAAGAUCCGAAUGGAAGAAGCUUUAAUCAAAUCGAUGGAAAAGGAUCGCCGCUAUCAAUCGCUUUGCAUUACUACAAAGCUGAAUAUGGAUCCUUCGAAGAAGGACUCAAACAUCCAGGAGAUGGGGUGCUUUUAGUGAAUUACAUGAUCACACACGGCCCAGUGUACAAUAUAUUUUUUAUUCUGCCUCAAAUUGCCCUGCUGCUUUUUAGAAUUCCUGGAUUUGGAAUAUACUUCGCACCUGCGAUUUUACUCUACGCUUGGUUCAAUAUCAUAUUCAUAAUUAACGAAUACUACGCCUUUUAUGGCUCUUAUUUAGACCUCGAGACUGGUAUUGAAUAUCCAAACGUUAUUCAAAUUCAAACCGCUGGUAUAUAUCCUCUUUUGACAAAAUCUCAAUUGAAAGCUUUCCAAUCAUUGAUCAGCAUAAAUGGCACUUUGUUAGAAACUGUAGCACCUCUUCACACUCAAAACCAACCUGUUUAUUUGGGAAAAGGAUACACGGAAACUUAUUCUUUAAUCUAAACAUUCAAUGGACAUUUUCUGUAAUUGCAAUAAAAUUAUAUCUACUUUG